UUCCUCCUCCUGCCAGGCUGCCGCACAGACCUGGGAACAAUGAAACCAUUGAGCCCCUAACCAUGGGGAAUUUCGGGGAUUGCAGACUGGAGAGGAUUUGAACCAUCUACAUCCAAAUCAUGGGCGUUCCGUUUUGUAAGUUUGGCCAGAUUCAUGAAAUCAUAAUAGAAGAAGUCGAUGAAACCAGAUUGCCAAAAAAGAAAGAGACAAUAAAAAAAAUACAGCUUCCAUCCACAUCACCACUGCCACCGCCACCCCCUCCAAAGAAGUCUGGUCCAGAUGAGGAUGCACAAGAGAGAGAGAGACUGAAGAAGCAGCUUUGUCAAAAACGCCACAGAGCAAGAGUCAGGGCAGCUGAGAAGAUCCAGGCCUGGUGGCGUGGCACCCUGGUGCGUCGCACCCUGCUGGUGGCAGCCCUCAGGGCCUGGAUGAUUCAGCUCUGGUGGAGAACACUCUUGUGGAGGCGGAUUCUUAAGCAGCGGCAGGACCUGCUGAAGAUCUAUGUAAUCCAGGAGGAGGCGGCAGUCAAGCUCCAGUCCUGGGUUCGCAUGUGGCAGUACCAUCAACGUUACUGCCGGAUAUGCAAUGCUAUCUGCAUCUUCCAGGCCCCGAAGAACUGCUUUGCAUUCCAGACCAGUGCUCUUCUGCAGGCACAAUAUGAAGUCACUCCCAACCAGCCGGAGUUCCAUAUUGAAAUCCUAUCAGUCUAAAAGUACUACAGGGUGGAGAACUGCUCCACUGCCCCCAAUAAAUGUCUGACCAGG